UACUCCUCCCAGCGCCCCCAACAGCUGCCCUGAUACCCACCCUGAUGGCAGGAGUCAGGCUGCUCUGAACUAUUCACUAUUCACUCCAUGGACAGCAUCACCCUCAAACUCUGAGCCACAGGGAGUGGUGGCUACAGGGCUGGACCACCCAGGAGCUGCAGACAGUCAUCACCCAGGUAUGGUCGUGAGAACCAACGAGAAGAUGAGAAAAUGAACUCUCGUGAAGAUCCGGUGACCACGCACGCGGCAGACUUUCCGAGAACAAGACGCGGUUGACCCGAGAGUGAUAAUUAUGAGGCUAACCUGCAUGUUUUCCUUCAUCUUGCUGUUUGGAGUAGCAGGCCUUAUUGUGUUUAUCCAUUUGCAAGAUCCAGCAGAAAUGGUUCAUCAGCAUGGCGUGGCUCCAGGCAUGAAAUUUGGACUGACAUUGCACCGACCGGAAAAGGACUGUACGUCUAACAAUCAAUAUGGGAACGCGGGCGAGAACGCAGACAAACAAUUGCUGCAGAUAAACCAAGACGUUCCGUCGUAUCCCCCUUACCAAUAUGCGGCUGUAUUUCACAACACAAACAGGAGGCAGAAGAAGAUGAUGUUCCUGAGGCGGGAAAACAAGAAGUACAUGGACAGAAAACUUUUAAAGAAAAGAAAGCGCUUUCUCCUCCGUGAGACCCCAGUUUUCAUCCCCAUGAACAGCUCUUCCGUGGACCUCACUCACCUUGAGUUGGAUGACAAGAACGGCAAGUGGAAGAAGCUUUACGAGAUGCAGAGAGAGAGGAAAAAACUGAUGCAGGAGAUCUGUGCAAAGUACAAAAGCAGCAGCCGGAGAAUCAUCACCCCGUACCACGUCUCGCGGAUCUUCGUGGAGGACAAACACAAGCUUCUGUACUGCGAGGUCCCAAAAGCCGGUUGCUCCAACUGGAAACGGGUCUUGAUGGUACUCAAUGGGUUGGCCUCGUCCACCAAGGACAUACAACAUAACACCGUUCACUACGGGAAUUAUUUGAAAAGGCUUGAUAGCUUUGACCGCAAUGGAAUCUUUUACCGACUUAACACCUACACCAAAAUGAUCUUCAUCCGGGAACCCUUUGAAAGGUUGGUGUCCGCUUUCCGGGACAAGUUCGAGCACGCCAAUAAUUACUACCACCCGGUUUUUGGCAAAGCCAUAAUAUCCAAGUAUCGGAUCAACGCCACAAAGGACGCACUGAGGACAGGCUCUGGAGUGCGUUUUAAAGAGUUUAUCCAAUACCUUCUCGACGUCCACAGGCCGGUGGGAAUGGACAUUCACUGGGACCAUGUGAGCAGGCUUUGCAGCCCUUGUUUAAUAGACUACGACUUUAUCGGGAAAUUUGAAAGCAUGGAAGAAGAUGCUAAUUUUCUACUGCGCCUUAUUGGAGCCCCCCAAAACUUGACAUUCCCCCAGUUUAAAGACAGACAUUCUAACGAAGAAAGAACGACCAAUAAAAUCACCCAGCAAUAUUUUGCAGAGCUGUCCCCUAUGGAAAGGCAGAGAACAUUUGAUUUUUAUUACAUGGACUACCAAAUGUUCAACUAUUCCAAACCUUUCGAAGACUUGUAUUAAACGCAUGAACUCAAACACAUUUUGUAAAAAAAAGAAAGAAAAAUAGGCUACAUUCAGGGU